UAUAUUUCACAUAAUCGUGACUUGUGACCCAAAGAAGAAAGAGCUAUGGUGUAUACUUCUUCUCUCGCGACGACUGUCGUGGUUUUUCUGUUGACUUGUUCGCGGGGAUCCACAAACACAGUUUGUGAGGACAUAGAUCCCGUGGCAUGUCGGUCUAUGGCUCAACAGAACGCUAACAUUUGUGCAGAUCCAAUCCUUAGCAAAACAGCAUGUCCAAAGUUUUGCAACAACUGUCCGUUGACGUGUUUUAGCUGCAACUUAACAAGCAGCAAAGGCAUUUGCAACGCAGUAGCAUGUGCAGCUGGUGAGACAUGUUUGACAGCUAGAGAGUCGUCUGGUGCCCAACAGUUUACUCUGCGUUGUGCAGAAAAAUCGAUGUGCGGAACUACCAGCGCGAUCAAAUGUUGUUCGCAGCCACUCUGUAACGACCCACAUAUUCUAAUUACCAGGCCGACACCGACCGCCACCACUCCAACAACAACAACCCCGACCACCACGUCAACCACACCAACAACGCCUACAACAACCACGGCAAAAACAACAGCCACGACUACCACAAGGAAGCCUACAACAACAUCUAAACCAGCGUGUUAUAAGGACAUAAUAUUUGUGGUAGAUGAAUCAAGCGCAAUGUCUUCCCAUUGGACGCACAUGAAAUCCUUCGUCAACGAUUUGAUAGACAGAAUGCCGAUCGGAGGUAGUCAUGGGGCGAAGCUUUCUUUUACAACUUUUACAACGACCUACAAAAACAGAUGGCAUUUAAAUUCAUACAAUGACGCUACGCAUCUAAAACUUGCAGUAUCCAGACUGAGUGCACAUGGCGGUCAAUGGGCAGACAAUCUGAUUGGUUUGCAUUAUCUAAACAACUACGCCCUCUCAUCUUCUCACGGUAACAGGCAUUCGGCUUCCAAUGUUGCCGUCGUCAUCUCCGAAGGUCAUUCGCACUAUAUGAAUCCAUUUAUAGCCAGCCAAGCAGAAUAUACGGAGAUGUCCUCUCUACACAAACAUUUCCACAACGUCAUAGCUAUUGGUAUAGGAAGUUCUGUUGAUUCGAAUCAGAUCUCACACAUGGCGACCGGAAGUUCACACAAGUUCUUAAUACGUUCCGGAAGUUACCUCAAAGGCAUCGAAAAUAAAGUUUAUUCCCUAAUAUGCGGGUAGUACAGCAGUUUGGACUUAUACUUACUCAUGACAACGGAUUGCAAACACAGAAUAUUAUCUGAAAUAGUUUAUUAUGUAAUGUUAAAAAGGGGACUGAAUUAAAAAGAUAUUUUUCAAAA